UGACCCCGAGACCGCGGCAGGACUCCCCGAAGGAAUGGCCUGGAGAGGCCGAGGGGACCCGGGUGGGAACGCUCCGGGAAACGGAGACCUGUGCUCUCGCUGAGCGUCCGCGCACCAGGGCACAGAGGUUUAGGUUUGGGGUUGGGGUUGGGCGCGUGACGCAGAGCUCGGUCCCUGGAAGGAGGGUCAGGACAGGGGCAAAGGUGCGAAGAUCUUCCAUUUGCAAUUGGAAGCCAGCGUCCCCGCGGGCCUCCGGGACUGUACGUCAAGACCUUCCCUGCCUGUGUCUGGGCAUCUUCAUCUGGGGUUUGGUGUGCCGCCGGUCUAUCACCCCAGGACAGGAGCAGGCAAGCCAGAGACCAGGGGAGGCUUUGUGUGGCCUUCAGCCCUGGGCCGAGAAGGGUUGUGGUGCCUGGGAUUGCGGAUGGGCCCGUGCCACUGCUGCACCACAGGCUGUGGUAACACCACCUGCCUCUAAACAGGUGCCUUCCUGCCUUGGUUCGCCCAGCCAGAAGCCUGGAGUAAAGGGGCUUCUCCUCCCCUCCUGUGCUGCACAGGUGUGCGCUGCACAGGAAACUCCCUCUCACCCAGGCCAAACCAAGUACCAGCACUUGGCUUCUGGUUUUGCCACAUCCACUCAGCAGCCCUGUGAGGUGGGGCCUUUUCCCCAUUGCACAGAUCGGGAGACAGUUCUCUGAGAAGAGGGGUUUCCAGUCCCCCACCAGUGAGGUGCAACCUAGCUCACAGCCAGGCCUUUUUCUCCUGUAUCAGCUGCCUCUGAGAAUUAGGAUCCAGGUGCUGCUGCUGGACCUGGAGGAUGGGGUGUUUUGUGCCAUAAGGCAGAGAAGGCAGGGACGCUCUGUGGGGACCUGCAGGAGCCAAGCUUGGAGGUUGCAUAGAGUCAAAUUGUGAGAAGCUGUGUACAACUGGGAGGUAUGGGACAGGUCACCUCUCCCUCACCCAGGAGGAGGCCAGGGGGGCCUAGGCUUCCAGGGUGGAGCUAAGCAGCCCUGCCCAUCAGAUCAGCUCCUCUGGGUGCUUGGCAUGAAAAUGGGAUGGAUUAAGAGGGACAGAAGUGCCUGGUGGCUUUGAACCUGGGAGUUUGGUUGGCUUGGGUCUCCCCAGAGCACGCUCUGCUUGGUUCUGGAACUCUCAGCCCACAGGGUUCCAGGGAGGCAACUGAGGUCCAGGACUGAGGGACUCUGCCACGGGCAGCUGAUGAGGAUGGCAGGGGCUGGGAGGGGGGCACCCAGGCUUCCUGGUCAACCAAGUGGCUUUGGCCAAGCCCCAAAGUGUGGGACAAGACCCCCAGGAAAUGGGACAGUGUAGCAGGGCUGAUGAAGGCGGAAGGGCUGAGGCAAGAGGACUGCUCCAAACUUCCAUGCCUGCCAUGCUGAAGAAGACUGCUUCUUCAGAAGUGUGGAUCAUGCUAUCUGCCUUGCAGAGCUGGUGCAGGGUCAGCCAAAGUCGCCCUGAUGAGUGGGAGGGUCAGUCGAAGAUCCCUCUGGUGGAACUGACAUUGCUCUAACAAUGCGGAGGGUCCUGCCUCUCUGGAUGCAGCUUGCAGGACAGUGGGGAAAGCAGAGGACUGAGCCAGGGUGAUGCUGAAGAUGAUGACCUUCUUCCAAGGCCUUCCAGGCCAGCAGUCUGUGCCAGAGACUCUCAACUUUCCUGGAAGCCCACAAAAGUUGCCCUCCACAUCAGAGGGUGAGUCAGAGGCCUCCAUGUCAGAGGCCUCCUCUGAGGAUCUGGUACCACCUCUGGAGGCUGUAGUAGCUCCAGAUCAGGAGAAGCAAGAGGCUGCAAAGAAGAAGAAACCAAAAGGACUGGCCAACAUGUUCAGCAUCUUCACCAAAGGCAAGAAGAAGAGGGCGAAGCCCAGUGUGGUGGAGACCCCAGCGGAACCUGAGUCCAGCCCGGGGCUGGAUGGCCCCAUGCCCACAGUGGAGGAGCUCAAGGCGGCCCUGGAGCGCGGGCGGCUGGAGGCCGCGGGGCCACUGCUGGCGCUGGAGCGGGAGCUGGCGGCGGCGGCGGCGGCGGCGGCGGCGGCGGGCGGCGCGAGCGAGGAGGAGCUGGUGCGGCGCCAGAGCAAGGUGGAGGCGCUGUACGUGUUGCUGCGCGACCAGGUGCUGGGCGUGCUGCGGCGGCCGCUGGAGGCGGCGCCAGAGCGGCUGCGCCAGGCGCUGGCCGUGGUGGUGGAGCAAGAGCGCGAGGACCGCCAGGCGGCGGCGGCGUCCGGGGCCGCGGCCCUGGCGGCCACGCGCCCGCGGCGCUGGCUGCAGCUGUGGCGGAGCGGCGUGGCGGAGGUGGCCGCAGAGCGCCUGGGCACGCGGCCGGCCGCGGGCGCCGAGGGCCGCUCGGAGACCGAGAGCAUCUUCCUGCACAUGGGCUGCACCAUGAAGGAGGACCUGGAGGCCGUGGUGGAGCGGCUGAAGCCGCUCUUCCCCGCCGAGUUCGGUGUGGUGGCCACCUACGCAAAGAGCUACCAUCAGCACUUCGCGGCCCAUCUGGCCUCCAUGGCGCAGUUCGAGCUGUGCGAGCGCGACAUCUACUUGCUGCUGCUCUGGGUGCAGAACUUCUACCCCAAUGACAUCCUCAAGAGCCCCAAGCUGGCAAAGGAGCUGCAGGAUGUCAGUCUUGGGAGCCUCCUACCCCUGAAGCAGAUUCACCUGCUGGAGGCCACAUUCCUGUCCACCGAGGCGGCUAAUGUGAAGGAGCUGAUGGCCCGAGCCCUGGAGAUGGAGUCACAGCACUGGGCCCAGGAUGUGGCUCCCCAUAGGCUGGAUGGCCACUGCCACAGUGAGCUGGCCAUCGACAUCAUCCAGAUUGUCUCCCAGGGCCAGGCCAAGGCCGAAAACAUCACUCCUGACCUGGGCACACAGAUGAAGCAGGUGCUACUGGUGGAGCUGGCCAUGUUCCUGAGGAGCUACCAGCGCACCUUUGAUGAAUUUCUGGAAAGAGGAAAACAGCUGAGAAAUUACAGGGCCAACAUCAUUGCCAAUAUCAACAACUGCCUAUCCUUUCGGACAUCCAUGGAGCAGAAGUGGCAGAUACAGGAUCCCCGAAGCCACCUGCUGGACCCCCUGAGUGAGCUCAAGGUUCACGGCUUUGACACCCUGCUCCAGAACCUGUUUGUGGACUUGAAGCCGCUGUUCAAGAGGUUCACACAGACCCGCUGGGCGGCGCCCGUGGAGACCCUGGAGGAAAUCAUUGACACCAUAGUGGGAAGGCUGCCUGAGUUCUCAGAACUGCAGGACUGUUUCCGGGAGGAGCUCAUGGAGUCUGUACACCUGUACCUGGUGAAAGAGUACAUCAUCCGCCUCAGCAAGCGGCGCCUGGUCCUCAAGACUGCUGAGCAGCAGCAACAACUGGCGAGGCACAUCCUGGCCAAUGCCAAUGUCAUUCACAACUUCUGCACUCAGAACGGCUCUGCUGCAACCUGGCUGGAUCCUGCCCUCCCCACGCUCGCUGAGAUCAUUCGCCUGCAAGACCCCAGUGCCAUCAAGAUUGAGGUGGCCACAUAUGCUACCUGGUACCCUGACUUCAGCAAAGGACACCUGAAUGCCAUUCUGGCCAUCAAGGGGAACCUAUCAAACAGUGAAGUCAGGAGCAUCCGGAACAUCCUGGACAUCAACACGGGGGUGCAGAAUCCCUCUAGGUCCCUAUUUUCACAUAUAAAGGUUGGUUAGCUUUUCCUGCAUCUGACCUGCUUGUGACCGCCCAGGGAGCACCAGGCACAGCCCCACUUGGUGACAGCUGCCCCACUGGGGGCUGUUAGAUCACCACUGGCUCUGUGACCCUCCUGGGCCUCUCACGUGCUGCUGCUACAUCUGCCUGGUCCUGGCUUUGAACGGGACCUGAGCAGCUGGGAUUAGACAGACCCUGCUUUGUUCAUGUGUCCAGUGGGCCAGGAGCACCCGCUGUGGGAGCGGACGGGCAGCACCUAAGAAACCCUGUGUAAAUGGUGGUUGGUUGUGUGUGUGCCAAGGGAGGCCCGUGAUGGUGUGGCUAGGGGCCAGGAAUCCUGGGGCAUCCCCUGCUGGGGGCCUCCUUCAGUCUGUCUUCUAACAGUCCUCCACGUGUGUGGGCCUGAAUUCCCUUCUGCUUCCCUAGGCCAGGGACAGAGCCUUACUUGACCUGCUUUCUUCAGCCCAGGGCUGCCCUGAGCUGGGCUUAGCAAGUCUAGAAUUGAAGAUAGACUCUCAUGUGGGGCUCCUGACGGGGCUGCAGGGGCUCCCUGGUGAACUGGGGCAGAGGUAGCAGAAGAGCCCACUUCCAGAUCACCCUGACCUUGAACGCAGGCCACACUCUCCUCAGCACUCCCCAAGGGUUCUCCUGAGAGGGUCUCAGGAGGCCCGGUGUCCACUGCAGCAGGGCCCAGGACCUCCUGGCUUCUGGGGUCCUCCCUGCCCUGGGCAGAGCCAGGCCCAGAGCUGCCUCCGUGAGCCCUGCCACCCUAGCAGGGCCAGCUCUGCCGCUUCCCUGUGCUGCUGUAACAAAGUCCUGAACUGGCAGAGUAGAACCAAAGCCUGUCUUAAGUUCUGGGAGUCGGAAGUCUGACAGCAGAAAACAAGGUGCCGGCAAGGUCACAUUCAUUCUGGGGGCUCUGGGGAGAGUCGUUCCCUGGCCCUUUCUCUGCUUUUAGAGGCCACCCACAUUCCUUGCCUGUGGCGAGUCAGCGGUGGCUGGUUGUGUCCUUUUCACAUCACGCCACUGUGACCUCUUCUGCCCACCUCUCCCACCUUUAAAGGACACUAGUGACUCCAUGGAGCCCAGCUAGAGAAUCCGAGGUCAUCUCCCUACUUACCGCCAGCUGCACAGCAACCUCACCUCCAUGUGCAAUUUUUGUUUCCAUCUGCCAUGUGGCCUCCAGCCACAGCUCUGGGCAUUAGGACAUGAAUGCCUUUGGGGUUAUGCUGCCCACCACAGCAGCCACCUCUCCCCUGCCCCACAGGGCGCCUCUUCUACCCCAGGGAAGCAUGAGUCCAGUCUACCUGCUAGGUCUCCACCACCCCAAAGGCCCUGCCCUGCCCUAUGCCUGAAAGUUCCCGCUCAGCACAAGAGGGGCGUUUAGACCCCACCCUGACCCAGCCUCAAUUGUGCCUUGGAGGGUGCUGAGCUGGGGUGCGCAGCCAGCUCUCUGGGUUUGUCCCCUCUUCCCAGGUACUGCCUUACAAAACUGGCCAGGAGCUGGCGGAUGUGACUCAUGCACAAAAAUCCAUGUAUAUUUGUAGGCGUCAGUUUUGUUGAUAUUAUUGUUAUUAUUAUUAUUAUUAAUAAUAUUAUUUUUGAUAGUACUUCUUUUGUAUGUGUAUACUCAGGACAGGAUGUUUUUAUAGCUUGGUAUUAAACUCAUU